AUGGCGACCGCGACGCCUUUCUCGCCCGAGGUGCCCCCCUACCUCUCGCUCAGCAUCACGCAGGCGCUCUCCCUGCCACAUCCGUCCAGCCCGGAGCCAAGGCACCAUCGCUCCGUCAAUGCCCUCAUCGAUGCCAGAGCCAGGGCCAGUGCGAAGCCAGCCGUCGGCUUCACCCAUCUCGACCACCAGACCACCCCCAAGUGGUCCUGCACCUCGCUCUCCUACGCUCAGCUUCGCAGCCUGGGCCUCGAUGUCGCCCAGCUCAUCCGCGACCGCCUCCCAGACGCCCAAGCAAGAAAUGCAAAGUCGCCCAACGGAACCCCCCUCGUCGCCGUCCUCUCCCCCAGCGGCAUCGACCUCUUUGCCCACAUCCUCGCCCUCUGGAGGCUAGGCUUCGGCGUCCUCUGCAUAGCUCCAGGAUCGCCGGCCGAGGCCAUCUCCAACCUGCUGCGCCUCACCGACACCCGGGCGAUCCUCGCGCACGCAUCGCAGCUCCGAGCCGCCCAGGAUGGCGUCGACCACCUCAGGGGCGUCCAGGCGGGCUCGGACGCACUCGUCGUCCCGAUGCACGACGGUAUCGCCUCGUUGCUCACUGAUGGCCCCGCUGCCUCCGCUGCCUCUGCCGACGGCGGGCUUGCGCCAACGCCGUCACCCUCCGCGGACGAUGCCUCUGGACCUGGCCCCGAAGACGUGCUGGUGACGAUGCACACGUCGGGCUCCUCGGGACUGCCCAAGCCCAUCUACCAGCCGCACCGCUUCUGGACCCAGUCGAUGCUGACGGCCGCAGGCACCGACCUGGCCGCCUUCACCACCACGCCCCUCUUCCACGGCGGCAUGUCCGACUUCCUCCGCUCGCUCCAGGCCGGAUCCAACAUCUACUUUCACCCGUCGGCCGCGCCGGGCGCCCUGACCGCCGCCGCCAUCGCCCGCGCCGCGGCGGCCUGCCCGCAGCCCAUCUCCUACUUUCUGUCGGUGCCCUACAUCCUCGAGAUGCUCUACAACGACCCGCGAGGCACGGGCAAGGAGCUGCUGCGCCCCAUGCAGCUCGUCAGCACCGGAGGCGCUCCCCUGCCGCAGGAGCUCGGAGACGCCAUGGUCCACGACGGCAUCCGCCUCGUCAGCCGGCUCGGCAGCUCCGAGUGCGGCUUCCUCAUGUCCUCCUGGCGCGACUUUGAGCGCGACCGCGAGUGGUCCUACCUGCGCGUGCCAGACGAAGAGGGCCACCGCCUGCUCCACUUUGAGCCCGUCGCAGCCGACUCGUACGAGCUGGUCGUCGACCCGACCUGGCCCGUCAAGCUCGUCUCGAACCGUGACGACGGCUCCUAUGCCACGUCGGACCUCUACGCGCCCCACCCGACCAAGCCCCACACCUGGAAGUACGCCGCGCGCUCCGACGACACGCUCGUCCUCAUAUCCGGCAAGAAGACGACGGCGCCGCAGCUCGAGGCGCGGCUGCGCUCGUCGGACCUCGUCGCCGAGGCCAUCGCCUUUGGCGCCAACCGCGCCAUCGUCGGCGCGCUCGUCUUUCUCGCGCCGUCGCCGGCCGGCGACGGGGGCGGGAGCGAGCUGACCUCGAGGCCAAGCAGAAGGUGCUGGGCCGGCUGA